GUGUGCUUUCAGUAGGCAGUGGGGAGGACAAAUGCAGCUGGACCGGGAGACUGAGCAGUGCUGGGUUCCUCCCACUGAUAGUGUUCGAGGGUGUGCACGAGUAUUUUCCCCCUAGCCGUGCAGCUAUGCGCCUGUGCCGCCGUAUCCCUUACCUCGGACGAUGCCUGUCGCAGCAGUUCCGCACACCUUCCGCGGCGGAGCUGCGAGUGUUCAUCGUCCGCAAUACGGAGCCAGUGAUCGAGCACUUGAGCCCGGAGAUAACCCUGCGGCUUCUAACUCCGCGCUGCCCGUUCUGGAGCCAGGCAGCCCAUCUGUGGCCCUUCGGCGACCCCUACUGGGCCAUUUAUUGGCCGGGGGGCCAGGCGCUGUCCAGAUACAUUCUGGAUAACCCUGCAGUCACAAAGGCAAAGAAGGUUUUGGACCUGGGAAGCGGCUGUGGUGCCUCUGCCAUUGCAGCUGUUAUGAGCGGAGCGACUGAUGUUCUUGCCAAUGACAUUGACCCACUUGCAGCAGUCGCCAUAGGAAUAAACUGUGAACUUAACAAAAUAUCACCACUGCAAGUAGCUCCAGAAAACUUAAUUGGAAGGAUGGAAGAAAAAUGGGAUGUGAUUCUUUUGGGUGAUAUGUUUUAUGAUGAAGAACUUGCCACUGAUCUCCACAAAUGGCUGACAGAAUACAAGAGGAUUCAUGGAUCAGAAAUUAUGAUUGGGGAUCCUGGAAGAGCUGGGUUUACAAAAUAUGUUGGACAGAAUUGGCUGCAAAAGAUCACGGAGUAUGAACUUACUACAUUGACAAAAGAAGAGAAUUAUGGAUUGACUUCAAGCAGUGUCUGGAGAUUUUUAUAGGUACAAAAUU